CAACGAGGGCCGCUUCCCUCCCAAGACUUCAUGGCGACGUCGUUGGGGAGUACUCCUGGGGCUACGACCCCGGGAGGGAUGACCCAGGCUGCAAACACGCCCGAGUCCGAGAAAGAUGCUGAAUUCCAGGAGCAUGAAAAGAUUCUGUCUCCAGAUCUUCUUUCAACUGUCCAAAUCACAGAUUUACUAACAGAGGAUGUAGAUGGUGUUCAAGAAAAACUGAGAAUGUUUUUAAAUUUCAAAAAUCUUCAAACUUGUUCAAAGGAUGCCAUUCUAUUAGAUUAUUAUGUGUCUGGAUUUUUGUGGGCUAAAGGAAUGGACUUUUCUAUUAUUCAGUGUUCAAAAUUUAUGACUCUAAUAGAUAUGUUACUUCAUAAUCUUAAAACACUAAAUAUGUCCUUAAAGGACAACAUAAAGUGGCUCGGGAAAGUGAUGGCUGAAAUCAGACCAACCCGUUCUCAAAGAAUUGAUGAAUGGAACACCUUUGGUGUAAAACAAGCCAAUGCUAUCAUUGAUUACUUAAAAAUCAGCUUCUUUCAACACUACAAGCUGUACGAAUUUAUGUUCUACUCUACCAGGGAAGAAAUUGUGAUCGGGACUGAGCAAGUAAUAGAGAUCGUCAACCCUGCAGGAGGCCCUUUUCCAAGUCCUCUGGAAGAAGGAAUCUCAUUUGAUAUUUAUUCAAAAUUCAUUGAGCCACCUCCAAUAUUAGAUAAAGAAAUGAAGGGGCUAGAUCAAGAACAAGGCCAUGAGGAGUCCCAGCCAGAAACUGACACUUUGGACAUGGAUCCUUUAGUUGGCUUCACUACUGAAGAUGUAAAGUCCGUGCUGGCUCAAAUCACGGAUGACAUUUUAACAGACGUUCAGACCGAGAUAAACGAAAAGCUGCAAAUACAGGAAGAGGCCUUUAAUGCACGAAUAGAAAAACUGAAAAAGGCCUGAGGACUCCGUCCAAGGAGAGUGAUGCUAAACUUCACAGAAACAGACAAAACUAGCUGGAAUAUAGAUUCUUUAGAGCAUCGUAUCUUCUUCAUUUCAUUGUGAAAAGAAAAUCGAGCCCCGCUGUUUAUUGUCAUAAGGAUUUAGAAGAGUAUUAGCCCUAAUUUUGCCAUCUCUUGCACCAUAACAGCUUCUGAAUUAAUUGCACCACAGUAAUAAGAAUAUCUGUAUACAGGAGCUUGGAGAAUUAUAAAUAAAAAUACAAUUACUUUUA